GCCAAUGCCGCCACCUAUAAGCUGUCAACAAGCGUGUCAAGGGAGACAAGGAGAUACUUUCAUGGAUGGUGCGCGAGGGAGGAUAUUGUCCAGGUCCGCCACUCCUGUGGACACCAGCAGUGUGGCAUUUGGCCCAGCCUUGGUGACUGCUGGGCGCGAUGGCGGCGGCGGCGGUGGCGGCGGCGGCGAUGGCGAUGGGGAAGACGACGAUGGCGAUGGGGGAGACGGCGAUGGCGAUGGCGGUGGCGGUGGCGGUGCCCCCACUCCUCGACGCCGCACGAAGCUCAUGCCUUCUCACUUUCUAGGGCUUGGACAUUUUGCCCUAGCUAGCCCCCGCAAAGAUGAAGAACAACAACGAGAGCACCAGUGGCAUUGCAGGAGCGCGCACCUCGCAUUUCACCAUCAAAUACAAGGCUUAUGGGGAUCAGCCGCCGCCUCCCAGCGUCAAGGUAUUUUUCCCCGCGCACCUGUAACUUGUAACUUACGCUCCUCUCUCCAGAAGCGCCCCAGCCAACACAUUCGAGAAGCGCUGGAUCCGCCUCUUGCUCAGCGAGAUGGAGUUAUCCGUCCAAAGCCCUGCAUUGUCAACAAGCACAACUUUGCCGAGCAGCGCCACCAAAUCGUCUCCUCGGUACCGGAAGACGAGCCACUGUUCCAGCCCUUCCCACCGGAGGUGGUUUUUACUGGUUACCAUGCCUUCAAGAAAUAUGCCACUGUUCUUCAGCUGCGUAACAAUGAUAAGGUGGUGCGAAGAGUCCAGUUGUUGUCCGAGGAUCCCCUCCUGACAGUAGAGUUGCUGCAAAGUGGGGAUCAGGCUGUCUACUCGGAGAUUGGCUCCAGCAAAGUGGCGUGCGGGAUGGAGGUCUCCUACACAAUAGCUUUCGUCCCGGAAAGUGACGGGGACUACAUGUCGGAGCUUCUGGCCGUGACUGAUAGAGAGAAGUUUGUGAUUCCUGUCAGAUGCGUCGGCUUGAAACCCAUGGUGGACGUUCCAGAUGAGAUCAUUUUUCCUCCCACACCUGCAAAAUGUUCCUAUAAAAAGAACGUUAUGAUACAUAAUGUGGGAAAGAAGAAGGCUGUUUUCCGACUCAGGACAAGCGAGUUUUUCAGGGUCUCACCACCCACACAUAACCUUGAUCCGGGAGAAUUCUUUCAGUGCUGCGUCUAUUUUUUCCCUCGGCGAGUAUGCACUUAUGAAGGAGAGCUAGAAAUUACCUUCAAGGAGAAUGGCGACCAGCUUGUCUCGCGGCUAAUUGGAGCUGGCACGGAGUUAAACGUUGGCCUCUCCACAGGUGUGAUCGCAGCAUCUACGACGUAUAUCAGGCGAACUUCGCAUGUCACUUUUCAAGUUUUCAACAACUCCUCUUCUCUCGCUUAUUUCUUGUGGCCCAAGUACGUCCAUUGUUUGAAAACAACAUUUAUAAAGGUGAUAAAGAGGGGCUUCGAGAGCUUUGCUUCUAAAGAAGAACUGGACGAAUACGUUCAGCAGGUUGGAGACUAUGCAAGGGAUCUACCGCCACCAGAUGCACUUGUCACGUCGGAGGAGGAUGAGCUUCUGUCGUCCAGUAUAGAUAAGGCGUUUACCAUAACACCAGCCAAAGGCGAAGUAUGGCCUGGGACGCUUGUAGAGAUCACGGUGACCUUUUGUCCUCCGAAACCUCUACGGUACUUGAGCACAACGUAUUGCCUUAUCUCAGGAAAAUCAGAUGCAGUACCGCUGCAGCUACAAGGGCUAGGCGUGGGUCCGCUCGCACAGUUUUCGCCCUGUGAGCUUGAUCUGGGAGAGCUCUGUUUAUAUUCCGUCAACAAGUUCAGUGUUGCUCUUGAGAACCUUGGGGAGCUGGAUGCUCACUUUAGGCUGAUGGAGGCACUGUCAUCUCCUAUGAUAACCUUUACCUUUGAGCCCGAUACCGGGACCGUUGAGCCUAAUGACUUUUUGGCAAUCACAGUCAAAGUUUGUGGCAGCCUCAUGGGAACUUUCAGCGAAAAGUUUUUGUGGGAGGUUACAGACUCAAUCCACACGCUGUCACUGGCAUUCAGAGGAAGUAUUAUUCGGCCCUCAUUUUCUGUCGACACGACUGAACUAGACUUCGGUCCUCUUUCGUACGGUUUGCUGUCCGUAAGGUACGUUACUGUGACCAACAGCAGUCCGGUUUCUUUACCUUUCCAGUUCCGGGUUCUACAACCUGAGAGUGGGUCACAAGAGUUCACAGUGACGCCAUGUUAUUUUAUACUGGGGCCUGAGGAAAAGAAAAUCGUUUCUAUUGAAUUGGUUCCAUGGGAGGAGAGAAGAUAUGCCACAGUGAUAAGCCUAGAUAUACCCAAAGUUGGCAAAGAUUUUGCAACGAUUCCUGUGCAAGCAAGAUGUUUAGUUCCAACGGUCACUAUAUCAUGCGAUUGCUUGGAUUAUGGAACGUGCUUUCUGCGUUAUGGCUACACCAAAACAUUGAGCUUGAUAAACGAUUCCCUGGUGCCCGCGAGAUAUGAAAUCCAAGCACAAGAAAAGGAAACGGAGAAUCUUGCUAUCUUGCGGCUGAAAGCUGAGAGUGGUUUUAUAGAGGCUGGCUCGAGCUUACCGCUGGAGUUUACACUAUCAACUGUGGCUCUUGGUGACGUUAGUCUUUCUGCAAUCGUCAGCAUAUCCGGGAAAGAGUAUACUCAUUAUCUAAUCAAAGUCCUGGCAACCUCGGUUGGGCCCAUAAUUAAGAUUGAAAAACCAAUUAGCAAAAAGCUCCAUUCAGCACGGCAGCAGACAGAAGAGGCAGAUACCGAGUGGGUACCUGCUCUUGAUUUUGGGAAAGUUCAGGUUCUCAGAGAUCAUCAUCUCAGUGUCGUCUUAAGAAAUGCGUGUUGUAUUCGUGCACCGCUCAAGAUUUCUCUUGGGAAAAAGGAUUCCAUGUACCACUUGAAUCUCAGCGACGUGCCUCUGGACCCUUUUGAAGCUGUGGAGUUGAAGGUCCGGGCCUAUAUGGAUGAUGCAGGCAAAUUCAAUGACAAGGUGACAAUACUUUUCGAAGGUGGCGAGUUGUUCAUUCCGCUGUCGGCUGUAGGAGUUGGCUCGACUUUAGUUUGCAAAGAGUUUCAAGAAGGUUUUGUUCACUUUGGUGAUCAAUUCACGCUACGGCAUUUCUCCUACACCAUUGAGGUACAAAACAUGGGCAGAAAGCCACAGACGCUGGCUUGGGAUAACGACACCACCAGGAAGCAAAGGGCUAUCAACAAAUCCUUGGCAAUGGAGGCAGCUGACCAGAAAAAAUCGGGCAACAAAAAGACCGCUCUGGUCGUCCCAGAACCUGUACCCGUCUUUACUAUCACACCCGACAAGACAGUCAUCAAGCAAUACUCGCCGUUCUCGCUCACUGUCUCAGGAUACACCACAAAUCCAGGCCAUAUCCAAGAGGAUUUUACGUGCAAAGUCACCAGCGCAAAAGACAUGUACUACCUCAAGAUUUCGGUGGAUGCGGACAUGGCCGCAUUGACACUCGUAUUUUCUGAAACUACGCUGAAGUUUGUUCAGAACAAUGGUUGGGGAAAGGACGGUCCUCACGAGCUCAGCAGGACCUUGACUUGUGAGAACGUUUCCAAGUUGCCUCUUACGUUCUCCCUAGCAGUGAAGCCUCCUUUUUCAAUCAACCAGGCGGAAUGGACUCUACGAGCGGGUGGCUCCGGCAGUGUUGUGGUCUCACUUGAGAAGCAAGACAUUGCAGAAAGGCACAGCACUGUGCUUUAUGGUAAAUUGGAUAUCCUCUACACGGGUACCUUGGAAAGGAACGGUAUCGAUUUGAUAGCACAUAUCAACUAUCCCAACCUCUCUGUGAACCAGAGCAGUCUGGAUUUCGGGUGCAUCUUGGAGUUAACAUACAAGAGGAUGCACAUUGAGCUCAAAAACUCGAGCGCCCUUGACGUGUGGUACAGCUGGAUGCUUGAUGACGGGUAUGGUGACGGUAUUCAUGUCUCUCAAAAUAUACUCCAGGAUAGCGGGGGCCUCAAAAUUCCUACAAAUUACAUUUUUGAUAUUCUUCCUGUGAGAGGGUACCUUGAACCAGGGGAGCAAGAAACAGUGGAGGUGUCUUACUAUGGGCAUUGUGGAUAUCAAUGUCAAGUGUCGGCUAUAUGCGAGGUGAAAGGCGGCCCGGACUACAUUGUCGCAUUAAGCGCCGAGUCAGGAACCAUCGCGCAUGCUCUCAGUCGCGUGGCUCUAGAUUAUAAUGUCCAGCCUUUCAAUAAGGCCUCAACCAAGGAGUUUACGUUAUCAAAUCCAGGGAAGGUACCAUUUAAGUUUGAGAUCGAUUUGGGUGUUUUGAAAGGGGAUGUUCUAAGAGAAGUGACUCCCAUGACUGGCCUGUUGGGACCAGGUACAGAGCAGAAGUUUGCUGCAUCUGUUUAUCCUGGGCUUCCUGAAAAGUUUAUGGACAGUUUCACCAUUCAGGUUGCACAUUUCGUACCCACUACUAUCUCUAUUCUAGGCUCUGGCGCCUUUCCUCAUAUCCUUCUGGAUACAACACGGGUUAGAAGCCACAAAUAUUUGAGCUUAGCAGCGGAAGCGUUUCAUAAUGCGUAUAUGGCCAUGAAGACUACUCCAGUAGUUUCUGCCCGUUCCAAUUCGGUCAGAAUGUCUACAACCGCUAUAAAUGACCACCAAGGACCACCUCUAGUGGAAGCUCAACAUCCUGGAGGCGAGCAAGUGUCAGUCGUGAGGGAAGUCGGUACAGCUCCGACUACUACGGGAACUGUAGGAGACGAAUGGGUGCUGGAAACAACAGGAAACGAGGUGCUGUCUUUUGGAUCGGAGGUUUUACGUGCACCUUCAAUCGACCAAGUGGAUUCUGAGAUUGACCGUCUUCUUUUCAAGGAACACCUCAUUCAUGAAAACAAAGAGACUCUGGAUAUCCAUAAGUUUGUCUUGAACACGCACAUUUGCGACUUCGAGAACGUGACACUUGGUGAAACAACGCAGAAGACUGUGAAGGCUACAAAUGACGGGCCUUUGCCAGUGACGUUCAAAAUAAACAUGGCAAGUGUCAAAGCCAAAGGCAUCACGUUGGAUCCCGAUCGCCUGAUAACGCUACCCCCGGACUCUCCAAAGAGUUCAAUGGAUUUGGUCUUCAAAAUGCGAACGGACUUGCCUAGAUUUCCAGCUGGCCCACUUGAGUGCUCCGUGCCACUUUUCAUUAAAGAGGGCCCUCAACUGGUGUUGGCAUUCACGGCGCAUGUAAGCAAACCUGUUCUGGAGGUAUCCCAUGAACACCUUGACUUCGGCGCGGUUCAGUUUGGCCAGUGUAAAAUUUUGUAUCUCCGGCUUUUCAGUAGAGGCGAAGUGCCUUGCAUCUGGACUGCAGCUAAACCGGAUCUAGGCAGCUGUGAUAUUCACGACUCUACCGCUUUCACCUGUGAACCGGAGACGGGAGUGAUUGAGGCCCACAAAUAUGUCGAUCUAAAGGUCCAGUUUAUUCCCACGCAAAAGAAGAAGGCGUACUUUGCCGUUUUUUUUAUUGAUCUGCUGCACAACCCAGUCGAGCUUAAAUUCGCGUGCAGAGGUCACAGCUACGUGCCAAUAUUUACACUCGAGCCAUCGAUUAUUCAGCUCGGACCAAUACUUCCGAACGCUCCUGAAGCCGCUGAGAUCAAAUACGUGAUCUACAACAACGCUGAAGAGCCAGUGGAGCUUUACUCACUUGCGUUUGAUCCAGACUAUGUGAAAGAGGAAGAAAUUCUCAAGACGGUGGAAGGCUACAACGAGCAUGAUCAACUGUUCCUUGAGCGCCGCAGUGCUGGUCAACCUUUCUGGUCCCAUCUCAAACCUGGAGGCUCUGCAAAGCAAGAGGCCUUGCAACAACCUCCAACACAACCAUCUCCGCUUGAGGCAGCAGGAAAGGCAGGCAAAAGUCCAUCUGGUUCUGCUCCAGAUGUCUCUGAAAAGCCUUUGGUUUCCCAUGCCAAGAAACUCCUGAUUAUGCUACUUGGACCUCCAGCGGUUGGCAAGUCGACACAGGCAAAGCAGCUGAGUCGGAGAUUCAGUUGCCCAGUCGUGGCUAUGGAUGACAUGGUCGCUUUAACUUGCACAAACCGGAUGUCCUCCACGGCAGACGGAAGCAGUGGCACCCAGGCGUCCGGGAGUUCUACUGCAUCUGUGGAAAUCAACGACUUCGAAAAGGAUCUGAUAGCAACACUGAGGAGGAAACUUGAGAGCUCCGAGUGCAUCUACGGAGCUGUGUUUGAUGGACUCAACUCCCACUACGCGACGACUGUCUCGCUCGCCAAAUGCAUCCUCUAUGCUGCCGGACUGGAACCAUAUGAUCCAGAGAAUCCUCAAGACGACGGGAAGAAAAAAGGUGGCGGUGAAAAGAAGAAGGCUCCUGCACCUCCCAAAGGUAAGAAGGCAGAGGAAGAACCUACGGGGCCUCCUAUCUUUCCCAAGACGUUCUGGAAGGGCGAGGCUACAGUAUACGCAAUAACUUUGAAGGCUCAAAGAAGUGAACUAUCGAGGCACUACCAAACUGUUCCCGACCGUGACCAGUGCAAGAAGAAGGUUUACGUGGAAACAGCGGCAAAAGAAAGUCAGGAAACGGAACCUGCUGGGGAGCCGCCACCGCCACCUGCGUCCGAGCCAGAAACCCCAACCUUGGCAUCGGAAGUCCUGAACCAUGUCAAGUAUUAUCCAUAUGUGUCUCUAUUUCCCAGUGAGGAAGAGCUUGAUAAGUACUAUGCAUCGGAGACAGACGUACAAAACCUUUUGGGUGGAGCCAAGGCUGAAAGUCAUGAAGAAGGAGCAGGGACUAAUAGAGUGGCUUGCGUUGCUAUCAAUGCACUUCAGAACGUGGGGCUUGUUUAUGAGGAGGAGCUCCAUUUUCUUCCAGACAUGGAAAAUGUAGCACCGCUUCCACCUGCAGAGGUGCUUCAAGUGGUGAAGCGACCGCACAGGCGAUCAAGUUUCAUCAGUGAUCCCAGCAGCCUUAAGUUCGCCUUUUUCACCAGCAUGGUGGGUGAAGAGGAGGACAGCUCGGGGGAUCCCACGGCGCAAGGAAAGAAGAUCAAAGGGGGAGCAGAGAAAGCAGCAGGCUUGCAGAGCGAGAAGUACCAAAUCAUGCUCAAGAGGAAGACCGAAUAUUUCACUCCGCUGGAGGCGCUGCCAGAGGGGCACGAGAUGCGGACGCGAUGGGUGGUGAAACCGCAGCAACGCGUGGAGCUGCUGUUGCGCUUCUGGUCUCAGACCGUGGGGGAGUUCGAGCAAAAGUUUGUGUUUGAAGGCCUCAACGGUAACCAUCAAGCCCGUCUUAUGUGCAAAGGAGUGUGUGCUGAACCACAGAUUGGUUGCUUUUAUCGACACGUUAAACUUCCCAACACAAAGGUGACGCCCACGCAGAAGCUCCAGAAGGCGUUGUUUGUGUCGGACAGGAUUCUAGACUUCGGUCCCCUUCCAACCGGAAGAACAGCCGACGGUUUUCCGAAUCUGCCAGACUCGGAGCACUGCAAGAGGCUCGAGAUUCGUAACAUCGGCCUCUUCGACCUGCAUGUCGACUUUGACGUUGGUGAAGGCAGCGAGGCACCUGGUGCUGGUGGUGCUGCAGGCAAGAAGCCGGCUGCCAAGGGUGGCAAGCCACUCUUUAUGCUCAAUCCCCUUGGAAUGGAUCUGAAAAUCAACGACAAGCAGAUGCUGAGUAUCUACUGCUACCCGCCUCAGGGACAACUUGGCCCACUGGAAGGAAGAAUGGUGUGCAGGAUCAGGGAUAAUCCUCAGCCUCUGGAAUGCAAGGUGAUUUGCCUUGCAGACACCCCUCGGGUAGACGUUGACUGCAAGGACCUGGUGUUUGAGCGCCUCUUGCUCGACCGUGAAGUGAAGAAAUCCAUCAUCAUAAGGCAUGCAGCCAUUUUAUGUUUCCCGCUGCUGACACUUGUUGUAAUCUCCAGAAAUAUAUCUGCGUUGCUUCUUUUCUGGAAAGUUGUCGGGCUGGAAAAUGAACCCCCCGAGCUUGCGUUCUCAGAGACAUCCGGUAGCUUGUGUGCCUUGGGCAGUGCGACAGUUGAGGUCACGUUCAAGGCGAUCCAGGAGAAGGUGUUCAGCCAGAAGUUGAAGCUCCAGGUUUUCGAGGCGAAAGACGCCGUCAAAUUCAACCAGGAGCUUCCAUUGAGUAUCACUGCUGAGGCAUACAAGAUUGACAUUGCGAUCAAAUAUCCUAGCCCACCAGAAGACAUGCCUCCCGACGGUGGCUUCAACUAUGGCACACUUAGAGUCGCCCAAGAUUCUCUCAAAUCGCUCACCAUGGACAACAAAGGCAAGUACAAGGUCGACUUCAAGUUCGUCCACAAAACGGCGCUCACGCAGGAGCUCUUUACAAUAACCCCGCCUGGGGGUACUUUAGAGCCCAAGAAGCAGCAAAAGGUUGACCUGCACUUCAACAAGGAGAAGACGCUGCAAAGAGAGGUCGCACUUAAAGGGAGCCGGGACGUGGAGCUGCACCUUAUCGAGUGCUUGACUGGCAAAACGGAGCAGAUAAUUCCUAGUGUAGUAACAGUCCACGCAGUGCAUUCCAAGUUCCAGCUGCUUCCUGCGCAAGGCAUUCACUUUGGUUCGCAGAUAUGCGGCAACCCUCCGCCACCUCGGCUUCUCAAGAUUGUCAACCUGGGGAAGUUUGAUUUCGCUUACAAGCUUGUCUCCACGUUGGCGCCACCUGCGCCUGAAGCGGCGGCCGCAGCAGACAAAGGCAAGAAAACGGAUAAGAAAGGAGGUGGUGGUGGUGCAUCGGGUGAGCCCCUGGAACUCAACAGCUUCACCGUGGUCCCUGCUUCUGGAACAGUCCUCCCUGGUAGCCACAUGGAGCUGUCCGUCUUCUUCAAGGUGGACACGCCUUGCCUGACGUCAGAGACGUUCCACAUUGAGAUUGCUGACAUGAAUCCCUUCCUGUAUCCGGGAGGCGUGGCGUACGAGCUCUCGGGUGAAGCCUGCAUUCCAGGCAUCAGCACGGAGCCGAGGACCAUAUUCUACGAGUACCAUGUGGUGGACGAGAUUGAUCUCCUGGCUCCCAUCCCAAGCUUUGGAACGUAUUCCAGAAAGGAUGAGAUGUUCUCCUUUGGGCCGGUUAUCAUCAACCAUGAGAAGGCAGCGCUCGACGCGAGUGCAGGUGGCAACAAGGACAAGCCAGCAGUAGUAGCAGCUCACAAGAAGGGCGCAAGGGACGUGUGCAUGACGGCACGGCUUCGUAUCGAGAACCCUCUGCGGGUUCCAUGCUCUGUCGAACUGGUGCUCCGUCGGCCGGGCGAAGCAGCGGCAAAGUCAGGUGGAAAAGAAAAGCUUCCCGUCAAAGGAGGUGGCGACAACUUGCUGUGCAUGGAGCUCUCCCCCCUCACGGCUGACAUUCCACCCCUCGAGUACCAGUUUGUUACAAUCUCCUUCAAGCCUCUGGCGCUGCAAAAGUACACGGGGCUGCUCGAGGUGCUUGUCAAAGGCCGGGAGUCGCCACAGUUUACAUGCCACAUCCAGGGAGAGGGAACCUUGCCUCACUUGUUCGCCGAGUCGCCCUCGGCAGUGUCCCCGCUGGGAUUCCCGUGGCUCGACUUUCCACGGCUGCUGGUUGGAAAGUCACAUACGCUGCCCAUUGUUCUUGUCAACAACGGCCUGGUGCCUGCCGUGGCCAGGCUCGAGUUGGCUGGGGACGCCAGCGACGGAUUGGAGUCGUGGCUCCACAUGAGCCAGGUGACCGAGCAGGGAGCGGUGCCGCUGCUUGUUGGGAAGAAGCUCACGUUUCCCGUCGGCUGUGUGGAGACGGCCAGCGUCACCUUCACGCCUCGUGCCGCUCGGCAGUACAAGCAAGACAUCAUGGUGGUGGUGGAUGACAACCCAUUUGAUGCCGUCACCAUAUCCAUCACGGGUGAAGGCUACAGCGAAGAAGUGGUGUGCCUUGGAUUGCCCAAGGCGCUGGACGACGCCAUAUGCUUCGACGACUGCGGGGUUGGAGGCAGCACCCACGUCAUCUUCACCCUCAAGAACGCAUCGCCACUCAAGCACUGGCGCUUUGGCUGGUCUGACGCACCAGCGUUUGUGAGCUUCAGGCCGGCGCUGGGCCAUCUCCACGCGGGUGCGUCCAAGCAGAUCACUGCGACAUUCAGCCCCACGGAGGCGGUGGAGUACAUGGACAAGGACAUAUACCUGCAGCUGUGCAACAUUGUCUACACUGGACAGGGCGGGGAGGAGGAGGAGCCUCCGCCCGACUGGGACGACACCAUGCUGCCGCCUCCCAACGAGGACGCGCCUCCCGAAGGCGGCAAAGGAAAAGGUGGCAAAGCGGCGCCGCCACCCGCAGCAGCUGCCAAGGGCGGCAAGGGAGGCAAUGCUGGCGCUGCCCCCGAGCUGACCAUCGACUCCAACAUCAACCCCGCGGAGCCAGCCUUGGAGGUGGUCAAGGGGAGCGCCAAGCUCGUCGCGUACAAGCUCCACGCGGUGGCCGACAAUGCGCGAUACGAGUGCAGCGUCCAGGCGGUCCAGUUCAAGACAACGAUGAUGUUCCAGGUGAGGACGUACCCGUUGGUGGUGAAGAGCCUGAGCAAGGCGAGCAUGCCCUUCUCGUGGCGCGUGGAGAAGGCAGACGGCUCGGUGGAGGCAGAGGAGCAGAGCAUGUACGCGGUGGAGCCGGCGUGUGGUGUGCUGCGGCCUGGCCUGGACGCCCACUUUGUGCUCAAGUUCUGCCCGCUCGAGGUGCACGAGUGCAGCCGCGUGGUGGCGUGCCACAUCCCCACGCUGGAGCAGCCGCUGCGGCUCCCCGUUUGCGGCAGCGUGACGAGGCCGUGGUGCCACUUUGAGCUGCCCCGGAGCGACUAUGCAAGCCGGAGGGACGGCCACUUCCCGGGGCCCGACGGGGAGCUGGGGCCCUUGGACGCUGGCAUCCACAUCAUCGAGUUCGACUCGCUGGGCUGCAACAUGCGCAACGUCAAGUACUUCACCGCCGUCAACCCCACCAAUGUGGCCUACAAGUUCGUGUGGGAGGAGAAGAAGAGCCAGUCGCUCAGGUGGACGGCCUACGACCUGGAGCCCAUCACUGACGACGACGUCUUCCCCCGUCCCUUCCGGUGCAUGAUGCGGCGCGGCCUCAUCCCAGGCGGCAAGAGGUUUGAGAUGGGAUUCGAGUACACCCCGAUGAGGCUGGAGCUGCACGAGAGCUUCUGGACCCUCCGCAUCCCGGACAAGAGGAUCGAGGUCAACUUCCUCCUGGUUGGCAACGUCAAGAAGCCCGAGCUGUCUCUCAGCUGCUCCCACGUCGACUUUGGUCAGGUCCUCGUCAAGGCCAGAGUGAAGCAGACCAUCUACCUACACAACCCCGAGCCUGGGCCCUUCGCCUUCAACUUCGACAAGCUCAGCUACUCGCCGUCGCAGCCGGGCCAGGUUGCGGUGCUCACCUUCACUCCCUCGAGUGGCAUUGUGGCCCAAGGUGCAACCAUACCGGUGGAGCUGCUCUUCUCGCCGGCGCUGGAAGGCGACCACUCGUUCGACAUCGUGUGCAACCUCCGCAUGGCCUCCCCGCUCUUCAUGUCUGUCAAGGCGGAGGCCUACCUCUACCACGAGAAGCUCUACCUGGAAGGCGGGGACGACGGCAGGCCGCUCGCCCUCGUGGCAAAGGAGGCCUUCAGGCUAGACUACGGGCGGGUGAUGAUCAACUCGAGGGUGUACCGAAAGUUCAUCCUCACCAACUCGGGCAAAGCGGCCUUUCACUUCAUGUGGGGCUGUGGCAGCGACAGCGCCCUGCUGCGAGCGGAGCCAGUCGCCGAGCUGGUGGCCAAGGAUGAGCAGCUCACCUGCGACCUCCUCUUUCACCCCACCGCAGAGAGGACAAUUGUGGACCUUCCCAUCGUAUGCCAGAUUAUGCACGGCAACAAGUACCUCAUUCAUCUCAACGCCACCUGCUACCGCCCCAGGAUCAAGUUCAGCUUCCACGACUUUGACUUUGGAGCCCGCUUCCUGCACCAGCCCGGCUUGACACCGCCCUCCACGGACCUCACGCUCUCCAACGAGGGUGACGAGGUGAUCACCUGCGAGCUCCUGUACGAGAACACCUCCUUUCUGGAAGUGGAGUACGUCAACAUGAGCUUGAGCCCCGGCCAAAACCACACCAUCAGGGUGACUUUCAAGCCGGAUGCCUUUGUGCUCUACAGGGAGGCUGUCAAGUUCCAAAUAUGUGGCCUCGACACUGUGACCAUCUCGGUCAGAGGGGAAGGCGUGCCCGUUUUGCUCGAGCUAGUGGAUCCCAGGCAGCGCUACUUGUCGUUUGGGGUGGUCCGGCUGGGGAAGACGGCAAAGCAACACGUUCAGAUCACCAACAAGAGCAAAAUCCUGGCUCCCAUAUCCUUUGAGCCUAGUGCCGACGCACUGGGCAAGCUGGGCAUCACAUGCCUGCCUGCCCAAGGCAUCCAGCUGCCGUCGAGAUACACUCGCCCCAUGGAGCUCGUCUUCACUCCACAAGCCAGGAUGACCAAGUUUACCGAAGGCCUUGUGCUGGAAGUGGCGGGGACCAAGUCGAGAGUGCUGACAGUAUCUGGCAUUUGCCAUGCUGUGGUGGUGAAGCUCAACCAGAGCGUUUUGCCCUUUGACAUCGUAACACUGGGCUCCAAGGUGACCAAGAAGAUACAGCUCGAAAACCACGGGGACCUGGCAACCAACUUUGCGUGGGACACAACCAAGUGUGAGGCGGAUUUCACCAUCUUCCCCAUGGAGGGGUUCCUGACCCCUCGUCAGGUGUCAAAGCUGGACGUGACCUUCCAUCCUUCGGCCGCUAAUCCGGACAUGAGAAUCGAGGACAUCCCUUGCCAAGUGGAGGGCGGCGAGCCGCUGCACUUGACGCUCCUGGGGGGCUGUGUGGAGCAAGGGGCGCCCGCGGAGACGCUCAAGUUCAUGGCAGCCGUGCGGGCCACCGAGUCCAAGAUGAUCCAGCUCAAGAACCCGACAACGCAGAACUGGCUCGUACAUCCCGCCAUCUCGCACCCCUAUUGGAGUGGAGCGGUGACAGUGCAGGUGCCGGCCAACCAGAGCAUAGGCUACAGCCUCACCUACUGUCCCCUGACAAUGAGCAAUACGCACCUGGCCACCAUCUCCUUCCCGCUGCCCUUCGGGGGCCUUGUGUCUUAUCAGCUGUCGGGUGAGGCAGGGCCGCCACCUCCCGAGGCCAGCAUCAAGCUGGACGCCAAGGCGCGGCUCACGCUCCCCUUCAGCCUGCACGUCCCAAACUGGCUCAAAGCCACUCAGCAGUUUGUCGUCAUGGUAAGCAUGGUGCGGGGGGAUGCCACGACAGUGAUCAAGGGCCCCAAGACUAUCGACGUGCCCGGGCUGUCCAACAAGGAGUGCGUGUUCUACUUCAAGGCCCAUAAGCCUGGGAGCACCAUGAGCACCGUCACGUUCAAGAACGAAGAGAGUGGUGAGUACUCGCUGUUCAACGUGACAGUGGAGACGGGCAGGGCCGACAUUGUCGAGUCAGUGCUCCUCGAGUGCUUUGUGAGGCAGCAAGCGUCGCGCACGCUUCGCCUCAGGAAUCCGCUGGACAGGCCUGUGGUGUUCAAGACGAGCUGCACGGGCCAAGGCGUGGUGCUGCCCGCCCAGGUGCAAGCUGACGCAAUGUCCAGCGCGGCAGUGGACGUUGCGUUCCGACCCCUGGUGCAGGGCAGCAGCCAGUGCAGCCUCAGUCUACACAGCGACGACCUCGGGGAAUUCGAAUACCAGCUGACGCUCAAGAGUGUGGCAGCGCCAUCCGAGGCCCCGUUGCUCUUCUCCGUGCCCCUGGGCAAUCAGCUCGUACAGACUUUCCACUUUAGGCACACACUUCCAGUCAAGGCCACGUACAAUUGCCUGCUCUCUCAAGCAGCCAUUGACGGAGGCUUCACGGCCGAACCCAGCAUGGUGCAGGCCAAUCCAGCACCACCCGACGGCCUUGACCUCCAAGUCCAAGUCGUGUUCGAGCCGUCGCGGAUCAUGGACGAGUUCCAAGGCUUGCUCACGUUGAAAUCGCCUGAAGGGUCUGACUUUUGCUGCCAGCUGCUGGCAAGCUGCAGCAGCCCGUCUCCUCAGGGUCCCUUCUUCAUCAAGGGCAGUGGACAGAUCAACUUCAAAAACGUUUACAACGACACCGUCCAGUUUAACUACACCACGGACAAUCCAGCUUUUGUGGUGAGCAAAGGUGAGAAGAUGCAGCCCAAGAAGCAGUCUAAGCUGGUCGUUAGCUACAAACCAGAAGCACCGAACGCCCCCAAGACUGGCCGACUCACAGUGACUUGCAAUGAAACAGAUGAUGUAUGGUCGUUCUACCUGCAAGCUGUCUAGAGCUUAUAUCUAUGUAAUGCUACAAGCUCUCUUUGGAAUCCUUGUUAUAUGAACUAAUUUUAAGUUAGGGUC